CAGCGGCUCCGGCGGCAGCGGCGGCUCUCGGCGGCCGCCCCCCUCCUGCUCGGCGCGGACCAUGUUCGCCAAAGGGAAGGGCUCGGCGGUGCCCUCGGACGGGCAGGCGCGGGAGAAGCUGGCGCUGUACGUCUACGAGUACCUGCUGCACGUCGGCGCCCAGAAGUCUGCGCAGACCUUCCUGUCCGAGAUCCGGUGGGAGAAGAACAUCACGCUGGGCGAGCCCCCCGGCUUCCUGCACUCCUGGUGGUGCGUGUUUUGGGACCUGUACUGCGCAGCUCCCGAAAGGCGAGACACUUGUGAACAUUCGAGUGAAGCCAAAGCCUUUCAUGACUACAGCGCAGCUGCUGCCCCGAGUCCCGUGCUUGGAAACAUUCCCCCGAAUGACGGGAUGCCCGGGGGCCCCAUCCCGCCCGGGUUCUUCCAGGGACCGCCUGGGUCACAGCCCUCGCCACACGCACAGCCUCCACCCCACAAUCCUAACAGCAUGAUGGGACCCCACAGUCAGCCGUUCAUGUCGCCGCGCUACGCCGGAGGUCCCCGGCCCCCCAUCAGGAUGGGCAACCAGCCCCCGGGUGCUGUUCCCGGUACACAGCCAUUGCUGCCCAAUUCGAUGGAUCCCACGCGACAGCAAGGGCACCCCAACAUGGGCGGCCCCAUGCAAAGGAUGAAUCCUCCGCGAGGGAUGGGCCCCAUGGGUCCCGGUCCGCAGAACUACGGCAGCGGCAUGAGACCUCCACCCAACUCCCUAGGUCCUGGCAUGCCUGGAAUUAACAUGGGGCCGGGCGCUGGCCGACCGUGGCCGAACCCCAGCAGUGCUAACUCAAUCCCAUACUCUUCUUCAUCGCCUGGUACAUACGUGGGUCCCCCCGGCGGCGGUGGCCCUCCAGGGACACCCAUCAUGCCCAGCCCUGCAGAUUCAACAAAUUCAAGUGACAACAUCUACACAAUGAUUAAUCCAGUACCGCCUGCAGGCAGUCGAUCGAAUUUCCCGAUGGGCCCCGGCUCUGACGGCCCCAUGGGCGGCAUGGGCGGGAUGGAGCCCCAUCACAUGAACGGAUCAUUAGGGUCAGGAGACAUAGAUGGACUUCCGAAAAAUUCUCCAAACAACAUAAGUGGCAUUAGCAAUCCCCCGGGCACUCCAAGAGACGACGGGGAGCUGGGAGGCAACUUUCUCCAUUCCUUCCAAAAUGACAAUUAUUCCCCCAGCAUGACGAUGAGUGUGUGAUUUCCCUCCCCCUCCUCCUCUCCAGGAUCAAGAGAGUCAGCUGCCGUUCGGAGGAUCUCAACGAAUUAUGCAAGAAGAAGAAGAAGAAGAAGCUAGGUGUAUGGGCAGGGACACGCGUGGCGGGGGCCAAAACCCCAGGUUUAGUUUCAUGCAAUAAAAAGGCUGAACUUUUUAUUCCAUAAAACAUGAAGGACAAAACUUAAAAUAUUUCAAGACAUGACAAGACCCUUCUUUGUGCAGAAGGGUUUAUAUAUGUACAUGACACUUCUUUUUGGAAACAAACGGAAGCCUCUAGCACCCAACUCCGAUCUCUUUGCUUUGUUCUUUUAAAUAAAGACAGAAACCGAACCUGUUGUAUGUUUGUGCCGUGCGACACCAGGAAGCUAGUCUAGAUAUGAAAUCAUGUUGUCUCUGUUGUAGUCAUUUUUUUAAAUAAACUGGACAGUUUACAAUGGUGGUUUUCGUUCAGAAGGCCUGUUUUUCUUUUUUUUUUUUUUCUUUUUUUUUUUUCCUUUUGGUUUUGGGGGUUUUUUUUCCCGUGUAUUUUUUGGGGUUUUUUUUUUUUUUUGGUUCGUUUGCAGCACAACGCUUCCUCCUCCAGUUAACAAGAUCUGCUUUGGGGAAGAGACUCCAGCACCUCGUUAUAAACUUGUUAAUAUAACAGGUGACCCCUUCCAGGAUCACAUCCUCCAAUGAAUCGUGAUCUUGCUCUCUGUGACUGUGGCAUGCACUGUGUUAGUCUUUCCCCCUCCUCUGAGUACAAGAAGAAAUCUCUUGUCCCUCCCUUCCCCAGAAUCCUUCAGCUGGUUCACUGCAAAAAUAGAUUUUUUUAAAAAUAACUUUUUUUUUUUUAAAUCCACCAGAAAAAAAAAAGAAAAAAAAGGGUUAAUCUGACCUGGGACUUUGAAACUGUGAUCUCCAGCUAACUUUGGGAUUUUCUGGGGGUUUUAUUUGCUUUGGGGGUAUUUUGCGGGGGGAUUUCUUUUCUUUAGAGAUGUGCUCUUGUCAGGAUUUCACUUAUCUAUGAUUUGGAACUGGAUGGAGAUAUUUUUUAAGGAAUUCUUGUUGUUAAAAUGUAACCUUGCUAUUCUGUAGGCUCGCUCUGUAAUAAGAAAAUAAAAAUUAAUGGCAAGCA